ACCCUCCUGCUUCUAUUUCUGCAUCCGGAGCACUGAGGUUACAGACAUUCGCCAGCAGGACAAGCUUGAAAGUCUACAUUUUUAAAAAGGAGGAGGGGGGCGGGCUUUUGAUUUACUUGAGAACUCAGCAUUGAGCCAUCAAUUAUCUGCUGAGACCAAGAGAACUGAUAAAAUAACUGUCAAAGAGAAGAGGGUGGAGAGAGGAGGAGGAGGGGAAAGAGCUCAAUUGGACAACAGGAAGACAGGAAGUAGAAGGAGUCAUUUACCUAUAAAAGAAGUCGGCAUCCAUUCAAUUGCCGCCUUUGUCUUCUCCCAAGCCUGCCUGAAAAUGUCAUUCUUCGGCCAGGAGACUUACAACCAGAACCAAUCUGAGGGAGACUUGGAUGAAGAAAGUCUGGUUUUAACGCUGGUCCCAUAUACUGAGGAGACAACCACAGAAUAUCCUACGGAAUUAAAUGAUUCAGAAUUAAAUGAUUCGGAAUUAAAUGUUUCUUCAACCAUAGACCACAAACCACCAGUCCGCUCUCAGGUGAGGUAUGAGGGAAUCAAACAUCCUGCAAGAACCAUAUUAGGCACCUGUCCUCCGCCCACCCUGCCUCCGAUUAAUGAGGUGUCCCGGAACACUCUUCGGGAGUGGUGUCGUUAUCAUAGCUUAAGUACGGAUGGCAAGAAAGUUGAGGUUUAUUCAAGACUUUGGAGACAUUCAUAUUCAAAACAAGAAUGUUAUAUUCCCAACACACCUCUUGAGGCCAAAAAGCUGUGUCCCAAGAAACCGAAGAUGGUCUUCAGAGGAAUUGGGCCUCCAAGCAGCUGCCAAAGUGAGAAGCAGGAGAAUGGUGUAGUGGAAAUUCUAACGUCAGCUCAAGGCUCCACAUUCGCAGCCUGGGGAAGAAUUGCUAUGAGAGCUGCUCAGUCUAUGUCUGUGAAUCGUUGUCCUCUUCCCUCUUCUGUGGAGGCCUUUCUGCCAGAAACCGUUGGAGUCAGAUGGUGUGUUGUCCAUGGCAGGCAGUGCCCUGCAGAUAGAAAAGGCUGGGUUCGCCUGCAAUUUCAUGCUGGUCUCACCUGGGUUCCAGAUACUCCCCAAAGGAUGAAUUUUCUCUUCCUGUUACCAGCCUGUGUUAUCCCAGAACCAGGAGUGGAAGAUAAUUUGCUAUGUCCUGAAUGUGUUCACAGCAAUAAUAAGCUCAUGAGAAACUUCAAAAUGAGGAGCGGUAAAAUGAGGAGCGAUUCAAAGAAAAAUGCCCCACCACCAAAUAUGCCACCUUAGACAAUGUCAAGAUUUUAUUUCGAUCUGAAGGGAAUGGAAGAAGCAAAGAAAAAACAUUCUGUGUUCCCUCGAAUGGCUAAAAAUUCUGGACAUCGGUCUUCAGAAGCCCCUCCUCCUAUCUCUUCCAGCAGAAUGGAGACUCUGCAGACAAAUCAGGAUCCAUUACUGUAAUAACAUUCUGCCGAAUGUUAACAUCUGUGGCAUCUCCUCAUGGCCUUGUGCUGGAUUUGCUAAAUGCUUAGCUAUCUGAGAAAUGAUAUUGUUUUAGUGGGUUUGUUUUGUUGUACUUUUUUAAAUAGAUUUUUAUGGUGGGGUGUUGGGGAGCAGUUUCAAAUUAGGAAAAUAGAAAGUACUUUUUAUAGUUUUUUUUUUCCCCUUGAUUAAGGCUUUAUCAUGUAACUCUAGCUGGCCUGGAAUUUCUAGGUAGACCAGAAACUUGUCUUCCUAAGUGUUGGGAUUUACAUGCUUGUACCACACUUCCUAGCCAGUACUGACUAGUCAAUAUAUUAUUGACUAUAGUAUAGAGUUCACUGCUUGUGCUAAACAAUCUUUAACUGUUGACAAGUGUCUAGAGUGCCAUAAAUUUGAAAUCAUAUAGUAUGCUCCCUUUCAGAUUGGCAUUAGGAGUAGGUAUGGGAGAAAUAUCCAUGUUCUCGAUUGAUUUUUUUUCCUUUAAUGCUGAGAUCCCAUUGUCCAAGAUGUGUUUUAUGAAUUGAUGCUAUACUGGUGGACACCUAGUUGUUUCAUGACAGCGUCUCUCGCAGCACAGGCUGGCCUUGAAUAUAUUUUUAAAAUGUAUUACUUUUUUUUUUCUUUUCUUUUCUUUUUUUUGGAGCUGGGGACCGUACCCAGGGCCUUGUGCUUGCUAGGCAAGCGCUCUACCACUGAGCUAAAUCCCCAACCCCAAUGUAUUACUUUUUAAAAUGUAUUUCCCACAGUGGUCACACUCAUUCUCAUUGUCUUCUCUUAUUGCACGUGUAGCCCCACUAAUCCCUCCACUGGGGCCACUCACAUGGACUUGACCACAGAGAGCUAUUCGCUGGUGCACAGACAGCUCACCAGCAACUAAACUGUGAUGGCUCUCCAUGCCAGUAGCUUCCCGGGAAAAGCAAGGCUCCCACGAACCCCUUGCCUCUCCUUGGCUGAAUGGGCUUGGUUUAUCCUUGGGACUUCAUUUCCUAAGUUCUGAAGUAUACCACUGUGUACAGUGCUGGGCAUUUAACCCAAGGCUGUGUGCAUAGUAGCAAGUCAUAUACCUUACUUACACAGCUACAUUCUCAGCUGUAAAUGUGUGGCAGGGAUAGAGACUCUUUGUCGAGCCCAGGCUGGCCCCCCAAAUUCACAAACAUGCCUCAGUGUCUGUUCACUCAUGCACAUAGGACUGAGAGUUGCAUCUUGUGCCUUUGGCUUGUUUUUAGGAACUCAUUGUGUAGCCUAGGUUGAUGCCAAGCUCUUGGUCUUGCCUCUGCUUCCCAUAUCGCCAGAGUUAAAGGUGCCCAGAUUGCAGGCAUGCGGCGGUGAUGUAUUGCUGGCAUUAAACUGAGUCUUCCAUAGCUUUGGGUGGCUUUAAACUUUCCUUGCAGCUAAGGGUAACUUUUGAGCUUCUGAUCCCCUUUUUACCAACCUAGUGCUGGCAUGGGUAUGUACCACCAUUUCCACUAUUAUGAAAUGUUCCUAAGGUUUUUUUCUGUAUGCUAUUCAAGCACUUAUAUAUUGGGCUAUAUCCCCAGCCUAGCAUUUUACAUUCUGUUUUUUGAAAUAGGGUCUCAUUCCAAACCAGGUUGCUCUCAGAUUUAUGUUGUAACCCAGGCUGGACUUGGAACUAAUUCUCCCUCAGCCUCAGUGUUCUCAUACAGAGUGACAUGCAUAAAGAGCAUAGAUGUGUACAGAUUCUGCAAGACCCAGGACCUAGGCAGUGGAAGCUAGAGAAGGAGCACAAAGCCAUCCUUAUAUAUGGUAAACGGCAAGUUGAGGCCAGAUUGCCUCAAUCUUAGAAUUUUGGGGUCACAUGAGAACAAACAACAAAAGAAAAAAAGAAAGGAGAGCAGAACCAAAGAAAGGAGGAACUCAAGAAUCAUGUGAGGGACUGGAGAGAAGGCUGAAGUUAAGAGCAAUCACUGGCUACUCUUCCAAGCGUCUUGAGUUCAAUACCCAGCAACCGCAUGGUAGCUUAUAACCAUCUAUAAUGAGAUCUAGUGCCCUCUUCUGACCUACAGGCAUAUAUGCAGGCAGAAUGCUGUAUACAUAAUACUUUUUUUUAAAAAGAAUCAUUUGGACAUUUAAAAUGGAGGUAGAAGGUCAUAGUUACUCAAGCUUUCAGUCUGCCUCUGAGUUUAGAAUUGCAAUGUAGACACCCAGGCACCUGUCUCCCUCUCCAUGCAAAUUGAAAUAUUGUUACAUUGUUGAGUUCUGCGGAUUGGUACAAUGGAUUCCUUUUUCCUCAAACUACCCAGAGGCAGAGGCAGCAUAGAGUCUUGCCCUGAUUCUGCCUCCCAUCCCCAAAAUCAGGAACCUGUGACUGCAUUGGUUAUACUGGAUAAUCUCAAGUCGUUUUUCCAUUUCAAGGGCUUCAAUUUUCAGAGCCUGGUGGCACAAGUUUUUAAUCCCAGAACUCGGUUAGCAGAGGCAGGCCUUUCUCUUGAAUUGUAAGGCCAACAGAGAUCCUUUCAGGACAGCCAGUGCUACUCAGAGAUACCCUGCUUAAAAAACCCGAAAAUCUAGAGCUUUAAUUUAAUCAGAUUUUCCAAGUCUCUUUUGCCCUUCUCAGGAACCAAAGAAUAAUUUAGAGGAAAAGACAUCUUAAAAAUCACUGUCUUCAAACAAUUCAGUCUCAGAAUUUACAGAAAGUGCCUACCAGAACUUUAGGAACCAAGAAAGAAACUUCUCACAGUAUAGGUCCAGAAACUAAGCAGUGGUUGGUGUUAUCAAGGUGGUCAGAAAAAUGGGUGUUUUGAUGAAAGGAACAGCAUAAGAUAAGACCUGAGCACGGGGAGAAUGAGGUUUGUUUCAGUAGCUCUGAUGAGAUCAGGGCUAUGCUCAGUGCAAGGAGACAGUAAGAUGAUCCUAUCAUAAACCACCACGCCCCCAGCCCCUGGUUAAUUUCUGUUUCUUGUAUCAGGGAUAAAAUCAGGCCUUGUAAGCAACCUCUGUACUGACAAUAUUCCUGGGCUCUAAUCCAUAUGAAAGCUGUUUAGUCCCUAAACAGCCCAGUUUGCUAUCUACUUUUCCAUCCAGCCUACAUUGUACUAAGCACCACUCAGAAUGAAAGCGAAGCGUGUAGAGCCAGAUGUGGUGCCUGACUGUAAUCCUGGCACCUGGGAGGCAGAGGCAGGUAGACAUCUUUGUGAGUUCCAGGCUAGCCAGAGUUUCAAGGUGAAGUUCUGUGUCUGAAGAAAGGUGAGGAUACAGAAGCAUGAGGUUGGGUAUACACAUGUACUUAGUCAUUUUGCCUAGACUUGAGCAUCUUGAGACAGAAUCUGUGUUUGUGUGUGUGUUUGGGUGGUGGUGGUGGUGGGGGCUAUCCUGGAUCCAAUCUCUUUGCAGACAGUCAUGUUAAAAGUAAGACAAUAUACAAAUGCAUUUCAUGAUAGCGAUUUCACUCCUUUCUAAUCUUGUUUAUGUAUAUGUUUGUCUACAUGUGUGUGGAGUCAUCACAGAGGCCAGAAGAAAGUGUCGGAGCCCCUGAAGCUGGAGUUGUAGGUGACUGAGAAGAGGUGCUUAAUGUGGUGCAGACAACCAGAACUUGGGUCUUUUGUAAGACCCAUAGGAAUCAGUUUAACUACCUGGGACUCCCCUUAUUCUGGACUAUGCAAACAUCUCUUUUAAUAAUGCAUUUAAACAGCCUAGGACCCUCACUCGCACAUAUACCUCUUUCUGAACAAUGUACCUAACAAUAUGUUAGCAAUCUAGACACCCCCCCCACUUCCUUUGGGGGGCUCGUACACCUCAAAGGUGUGUGAAGAUAAGAGGGUCAAUUUAGGGGAGUCGGUUUUCUCCUACCGUGUGGUAACUGGGGAUCAAAUUUAGGUAUUAUCCUUGAAGGAGAAGGCAUUCGUAAGCAUAAUGCUUCCUUGUGUACGUACCUCAUUCCCUUUACCUGUUGGACUCCUGAGCUGUUUCUAUUUUCCAGCUUAUUGAUGUAGUAAACAUGUUAGCAUUCUGCUUAAGCUCCACCCCCACAGUUAUCUGGCAACAGCCAGCUAUGCCUGACACUGUGGUCUUGCUCUCUUUAUUCUUCCCCACUUCCCCCUUUGUCCCUUCUCUCCUCGUUCCCCUCCCACUUCUCUCCACGUGCUCCUGGCCUGCCUCUACGCCUUUUCUACCCUCUCUCUGCCCUACUGCCCUCUUAACUCCACUCCCCAUGCCCUGAAUAAACUCUAUUCUAUACUCUACCACCAUGUGACUGGUCCCUGCUGAGGCACCCCUUUCCCCCAGAACAUAAUCCUCCCCUCUAUCUUUUAUAAAUACAACAAAACACAAAUGGUUUAUUGACAUAAAAUACUUCAGGUAUGAUGUACUCAAAAGCAGGAUACCUGGGUCAUCUGGUUUUGGAGUUUGAGGAACCCCCAUACCAACUUUCAUAGUGACACAGACUUAUGUCCCCAGCAGCAGUAUAUAAAAGUCCCCU